AGUAGUUCUGCACCUUAGCAGACGACUAUUAUUAUAAUUUGCAUAGGAGUUUGAAUUUGUCAAGGUCUUCGACCUUUUUCUCAAAUACUGCUAAUUUUCUCAUUAAAUAUCAUAACUUGAAAGAUAAUCGUUUUAUUGUUGACUUUAGGAAUUACAAUGAAUUCAAGCAUAAAGGUUUUGUCGCUUGCUAGAAGGUUUAACAAUCUUCUUUUAGGUGGAAGACGCAAUAUAGUUACGGAAGCAAAAUUUACCAUACAAUAUGUAUGAUUUUUUUUAUUUAAAAAUCUAUUAGUUAUAUUCAUGUAGAGAAAACAAAGCGAAUCACUGGUAGACGAUAAUAGAGCAAGGAUAGAUAAAAACUCCAACAAAUCAAAAUUUUUUUAAGCUUAUGAACCAUACACUUAUAAAAUUUUGAAUAUUUAUAUAUAGAUUUCAUAGUAACUUUUUGACAAGAUAGGCGGUCUUCAUAAAUGUUAGAGAUUGGACGUUGAUACUCAAUCGAGAACCAAGAUGAUAUUGAGGAUAUUAUCUAAGUUUUAUGAUAAUCUUUUUUCUUUAAUUUUUUUAGCCAUAUAAAUUGCAUUUGAUUGAAGAGAAGGAUGGCCCCAAGCUUGAUGCUGUUCUCACGAGAGAAGAAGGACUUAAAUAUUAUACUGAGAUGCAAACUAUUCGUUUAAUGGAACGCGCAGCUAGUGCUUUGUAUCAAGAAAAAGCUAUUAGAGGAUUUUGUCACUUGUACACUGGACAAGAAGGAGUUUGCGUUGGAAUGAGUGCAUCUCUGAAAAAAGAUGAUGCAGUUAUUACAGCGUACAGAGCACACGGCUGGACCUAUAUGAAAGGAUCAUCUGUUCACGCUAUCCUCUCAGAAUUAGUCGGCAGAAAAACCGGAGUUGCAAAGGGAAAAGGUGGUUCUAUGCACAUGUACGGAGAUCAAUUCUAUGGCGGAAAUGGCAUAGUAGGUGCUCAGGUACCUCUGGGGGCAGGUAUUGCUUUGUCCCAAAAGUUUAAUAAUUUGCCAAACCUUACUGUUGCGUUAUAUGGUGAUGGAGCGGCUAAUCAAGGACAAGUCUUUGAAGCGUAUAAUAUUGCAAAACUAUGGAAUCUUCCUUGUCUAUUUGUGUGUGAAAAUAACGGCUAUGGCAUGGGCACCAGUAUUGCGAGAUCAUCAGCUAGUACAAGCUACUAUACAAGGGGUGAUUACAUUCCUGGUAUUUGGGUAGAUGGAAUGGAUGUUCUAGCAGUUCGCUCAGCGACUGAAUGGGCUGGCGAAUAUAUUAGAUCGGGCAAGGGUCCACUAGUUAUGGAAGCAGGUACCUACAGAUACUCUGGUCAUUCGAUGUCUGAUCCUGGAACCAGUUACCGCACAAGAUCCGAGAUUCAAGAAGUUAGAAACACCAGAGACGCUAUUUCAGGUUUUAAGGAGAGGCUUAUAUCUUCUGAAUUGGCAACCGCUCAAGAACUGAAGGAAAUUGAUUCACAAAUCAGAAAAGAAAUUGAAGAAGCUAACCACAAAGCCAAAUCUGAUCCAGAGUUACCAGUUGAAGAAACCUUUACGAAUGUAUAUAGUUCACCCACUCCAGGAUUAGAAAUAAGAGGCUGUGAUAAUUUUACUACUAGGUUGGCUCUUCCAUAAACAUAGAUAAACGUAUCUUAUUUGCUAAAAGUCUGGAACUAUGUCCUCAAAAUAUUUCACUAGUAUCGAUAUUUAAUAAUCCAUUUCACUAGAGUGUGUUUAUCAAUGAAGACUAAUCAAGCUUGUUCUUUGUCGUGUAUAACAAUUAAUCCAUAUCUAGCAAUAAAAUUAAAAUUACUGUAUUAUAGGA